GAGGAGCUCCAACAGGCUCAGAGAGAGAGAACAGAGAUGGAGCUGAACAAGAAGGAAAGAAAGCAGAAGAAGAAGGAAGAGAAGAAGAAGCUGCAGAGUGCCAGAGAGACUCAUGAUGAGGAGCUGAUGGGAGUGGAGCAGGUUCAACAAGAGAAUGUCAUCAGGAAUUUGGAGGAAACAGUGAAGCAGCAUGAGAUGGAGAUCAAAAGAUUCCAGGAGAGAGAAGAAAGGCUGAAACAAAAGCUGGAGAAAAUCAGAGAGAAAAUAGCCAGGAAAGAGCAGAAGACUCUCAGAAUUGUUCAGAGAGAUGAAAAUCUGAAGAGAGAGCUGCAGGCCAUGAAGGAGAGGCUGGCCCAAAAGGAAAACCAGAGAGAGGAAGAAAAGAAGGUCACCAGCCAGAAAACAGUGGAAAGGAUAUUCACUGUAAGUGUACAAGAAAUAAUGAAGAUGGACAGAGAAACGGAAAACCAGCAAGAGGAAGACCAACAGAGAGAGAGGAGAGAGAGACAGAGAGCAAGAGAGGAAAUCCAGCAGGAAAGUGCUGGUCAGGAGCUGGACAAGCCUGAAGAGAAAGAGAAGCUCCAGGACUUCAGCAGCCUUGUUCCUCCAAAUGAAGGAGCCCUCCUCAAUCUGAGCGAAGAGCAGCCUGAACCAUCCACUCCCUCCUCAUCUGACCGCAGCACACAUGUAGAGGACAGUGUGAGGGAUGAGAGCAGCGCUGUCCCUCAGGACGCCGGCCCACAGCCUCUGGCUUCCACUGAGUCCAAAACAGAAGAUCUGGCUUCAGAGACCGAGACUCAGGUCCAGACCGAUGGAUCCACGAGUGGACAGACAGCCGAGGAGAAAACAGAGUGGAGCGGCCAUGACGGUGGGGGAGCAGUGUGCAUCGAGGUGGAGAACCAGGAGAUGGAGCCUGCAGCACGGAGCUCAUCUGGAAGCAGGAUGUUGCAGAGUGUGCUGUCCACAGUUCGCUCUUUCGUUCAGCGCCUGAGAUUGUAUUACUCGGCUCAGCCCGUUCAAGCUGAGGAAGAGGACAAGUGUGAGGAAGUUUCUCCACCACGUCGAUUGAUUCCACUCGGAGCGCCGGCAGGGGUCCUGACUGUAAAACUGAAGACCUGCAGAAACUUCAGUAAAGCUGCAGCUCCUUUGAAGAAAGGCGCUUGGGCUGCCGUGAGGAUCACUAUUGGGAGAACGGUGAAAUACACUGUGCAGCAGCCCUACAGCGACCCCAUGUGCUUUGAUGAAUGGAAACACUUCACCAUACAGAUCCAGCAGGAAGACGUUGUUGGGGUUCAGCAGUCGAGUUUGAUGGUGGUGGAACUGAUUAUUACAGAUCCUGACACAGCCACCCCUAAACUCAUGGGGAGAGACACCAUCAAGCUGCAGGAAAUCCUUAAGAAAUCUUCAGUGAGCCACCAGUUUAAUUUGAGGCUCAGGCAACAGAAAGUUUGCAAGCUGGACGCAGAUCUGGCGUUCACGUACGGCUCAAUGGGAUAUGGAUACUCUCACCAGAUCAAACAUGCAGGAAGAACGGUGGAGAAUCUGGUGGAGAAAUCUCUCUUUCCCCGCUGUCCUCCUAAUGAAGAUCAAAGAGAUCCAAAAUAUAAUGUGAUAACCCCCUCCGCACUGCCACGACUGGACAUCAUUCCCUCUCUGAUGCAGCACGACACACCGACAGGCACAGACGAGUGCAGGAUAUCUGCUGGCCUGAUGGACUGCAUCCAGAAGAGGGGCAGGUUGUUGCAGCUACAUCAAGGCUUGGAGGAGUGUAAGGCAGGAGAGGAUAGGGUGCGGUUUCUGGAGAGCCUGAUCCUGAGGACGAGUCUUCCCUGCAGGAAGAGACCUGCCUAAGCGCCGAAAAACAGAAGAGAAACGAGGAGGACGCGGACGAUAGAACAUCAGAGGAAAGACCAGGAAAGGCUAAAUGCAAGUCAAGGAAGUAGAGAGCAAAAAGAGCAGAACUCGCCUGUUCCUCUUUAUCCUGCUCCAUUCCCACCAUCUCGACUUGCCUGCAGCAAAUAACAACAAAGUGCUUAAUUUCUCCAAAUAAAAGCAAUAUUUUGCUCCCAGUUUUCUGAGGAAAUGUAACUUUGUUUUAGGUAAACUGAAUUUGAAAACUCGUGAAACAUUCGUGGCCAUAACUUAAGCUUGAAACAACUUUCCACUGUUUCAGGUUUCAUUAUUGAAAUGUGUGCCUCUAUACAAUUAGGCUGUGUCUGAUAUCGAAGUACGGACGUAUGGAACUCCGUAUAUACAUAAUCUGUUGUCUCCUUUUCAAAUGCAAAUCUCGCAUUUGUAAAAGAGGGCGGUAAAACAGGCCAAUUCCAAAAUCCAUAGCUCGCCAUGCUGUGUGAUUUUAUCCACUUUUUAGUGAUUGAAGCCACAUUAUGUUAAACUGAAAUUUUCAUAGUGAGCUAACAACUUUUUACUGAUUUACUUCGUGUUGUUGUCGAGAUUGAAAGCCAGUAGCUAUUACAGGUAACAUUGGCUAUUAGCAACAUUCAAAUAACUAGCAUGGCUAACUAAAUACUUUGCUGACGUAGAUGAUUUACAUGGAGGUUCAUUUUAUUUUCCUGCCUGUGUCUAUUUGGACAUGUUUCUUCUGUGUGAUCCAUCAUGGUGCCUCACUGUAAACCAGCAAAUGGGCGCAGAUCUCAUCAAUGUAAUUCCAGAGCCCCCCAAAAAGGGACAACAGCUUGUUAGUCACAUAUCAUCUAUACAGACAUCAGAGGACAAUUCAAAGUUUAAUUAAGUGUUUAAGAUGUAAACAAAGUCAAUCAGAGUGGUUUUGCAUGAAAUGCGCCGUUUGUCAUUGUAAAGAACUGAUCUAAAUUUACAGCAGAAACACUGCAGUAAUCUAUUGUAUUUCUUAAAUACAUCAGCUCACUGUAAAAUCAUACAUUCUGGGUGAUACCGGUCAUGCUUCGUCUCAAAAAAAGUUAAAAUGAUUUUUACAGUGUUAUUAGCUGUUAUUUGCACGUUGGGACAAUGAUCAGUAUUUUUGCCAUCACAGCCUGUUUCUGAAUAUUUGAGCACUGUAGGCGGAGCUUUCCAUCAUUAUUUUUGGUUUUGAUCAUUUUACUUUUAUUUUCUUGUCUACAGUUCAUUUCACAGGAGGUUUUUUUUUGUAACAUGUUAUUUCAACCCAAAGAUAUGUUUGAAUACAUUCGACAGGUUUUGAUCUUCUGAUGCUCUGUUUUUUAGUUUACUAGUUCAUCCUGUAAUAUUAUUAUUAUAGGAUAUUUGGUUACACUGGUAUGAGUGCAAGGAAGUGCUGUAAUAUGUGAAACAUUGAGGGCCAGCAGACACCAGUGAGUGCACAUUAGAGCACAUAUAAGCUGUACAUUAGAAAUAGAUUAAACAUUAGAUGUUCACCAUUUCACAGCAAACCACUCUGAAUGACUUUGUCUACAUCUCAAUGACUGUAUUAUCCAGAAAUGUAGAGAAAUCGGUGGAAUUCUCUUUAAUGGAAGUCUACAGUCUUUCACUGCUUUUCAGUUUUAAGCCAGUUUUAGUGUCCCAUUUAAGGUGGCCUGUACCUUAACUGGAGCAUAGUAGCGUAUAGUACUGAUUUGUGUAGGUUUUCUGUUCUAAUGUCACAUAUCGGCAUGAAUCCAAGCUCUUUGUAGAGCUAUAGAGAGUCAGUAGUCAAUAGCAUAGACUGUUGGUCUUCAUACGAGUUCAGUGAACGCAAAAGCAAG